AUGCAGCCCAUGGCCCUGCAGAGCUUGUCGGAGCUGGAAAGGGCCAGUCUGCAGGAACUUGCGCUGUACCGGCUGCAGGAGAAGCUGCUCGUGGGAGAUCUCAGCCUGGCCAGAGAUGGACCCAAAGGUAGUAAAUCCAUCUGGCAAAAGCUGGAGAGCUUCUCAAAGGAGAGGAAAGACUGCUCUCCCCAGACCUUCGGGAUCCCGCUCGCCCAAGUCAUUGCCAAUGACCGUGCCUACCGGCAGCUGCAGGAAGCUGUGCGGAAGAGCCGCCGGCUCUGCUUGGAGGUGGAGGCCACAGUGACAAGAUUUCAGGCUCAGAGGCAGAAGAGAUCUGGAGUGGUUGGGAGCUGUGUCCGGGCACCUGACGGGGGCUUCUCUGAGGACCCGCUUUCCCCAACUCUUCUGGACAAGGGCUUCCGGAGCCAGCGCAGGGGAGCCAUGUCUGUGGAUUCCAUCACUGACCUGAGUGACAACGCUUCCAAGCUUCUAGAGGCACUGCAGCUGUCACAUGCCCACGAACUGGGCCCACGGAGAAGUCUGGGCAAGAAGAAGACACUGAGCCUCAACCCUAUCACUUGGCAGGUCCCACGGAUUGUGGACAGGUGCUGUACACACAUUGAGACCCACGGUCUCCAAACAGUGGGCAUCUUCCGUCUGAGGGAAGAGUUUGACCGAGGUCUGGAUGUUUUCUUGGAUGAGCAUCAAAGUGUUCAUGAUGUGGCUGCUCUGCUCAAAGAGUUUCUUCGGGAUAUGCCGGAUUCCUUGAUUCCCAGAGAGCUCUACAAUGCUUUCCUCAGCACAGCCUCCAUGGAGGGGCCAGCACAGCUGUCUGCCCUCCAGCUGCUGCUCUUCCUGCUGCCCCCCUGCCACAGCGACACCCUGCACCGGCUCCUGCGCUUCCUCAGUGAGGUGGCACGGCACGCUGAGUGCUCCUGGGACCCCGAUGGCCGGGAGAUUCCUGGGAAUAAAAUGACGGUUUCAAACCUGGCCACAGUCUUUGGUCCCAACAUCCUGCAGAAGGAGAAGCCUGGAGAGAAAGAUGCCUGUGCCCUGAACUUUGAGGAGAGUGCUGCCAUCAUCCUGGUGCUCCAGAUAUUGAUUGAGCACCAUCAGACCCUGUUCACGGUAUCUCCAGAAAUGCAGUCUGACAUCUUGAGGAGGCUGUUCCAGACAGAUCCUGAUGUCAUCGACUACCUGCUGCGCAGGAAGUUCCAUGCUGUGCA